AUGGCAAUGUCAAAUAUGAUAUCGUUCUCGGUGCGAACUAUACUUUAUGACAGACAGUGUGAUGUUAGAAAGUACCUUGUUGAUGCUGAAAGACUUUUGUUAGAGCAAGGUCUAUGCAAGUUAUGCAUCUCAGGCAAGAUCAAGCUUCUACAUCAUACAUACAUUUGGAACAGGAUCAUCAGCGAGAGUACCUACGUGUUGAGGAACUCUGAUAGCGCCAAUGUACCUAUAGCUGCCCAUCUAUCCGCAGGGUCAGAUAAAGAACCUUCUUUCGAGAGAGGUUAUGGAAGUCAUAUGACAGGUCGCCUAAUGAUACCAAAUGUCAACUUGGAUGACUUCCUCCACUUUGAGCCCCAUCAGCAGGAGACUGACAGCUCUUCGAGAGAAACUGGGAGAGAAAUUCUCCAUGACAUUCAUCUCAAACAGGACCAAGUGGCGAAACAUGGCAGCAAAGAGGAUAAGCCCUGGUUGCAUGAACAUAUUGAGAGGCGUAAAGGGUUACUAGAACAUAGGAUCUGCUCUUUUGCUAUGACAGGAGCUACUACCAGUACUUCUAUCGACUCUAACUAUCUUGCUGACGUUUAUUCGCAAGAGGGUCAACACUACCACGCGAUCCCACCUGGUUCGAGCGCUGAAUUUCGCUCUUAUCAUUUUCUUCUACCGUCGUAUCUACAACGUCCAUCCGCAUAUUCUUCAGCAAUAUGUUAA